CUCAUUGAGCAGCCAUCUUUAAAAUUGAAAGCCUUUUCUUUUGCGUUUGUGUGUCAAUUAUUUCGUUAAAAAUCAACACGAUGUCCAACAAUCAACAUCAAAUCGACUUCAAGCUGGAAGUUGGUGAAAUCUCUUCACUAACUAACGACAUCGCUACUCCGGCCAGUAAGGGCAAGGAUUUGACUGUUGGCGACGCCACUCCGGCCAGUAAGGGCACGAAUUUGACUGUUGGCGACUCCACUCCGGGCAGUGAGGGCAAGGAUUUGACUGUUGGCGACGCCACUCCGGUCUGCAAAAGCGCCGAGCCUAACGCUUCGAUGAAUGCUACCGCUGGCAACUUGGGGCUAGCUUCGUCUACCAAUGAAGACGCCACUAUGGGAGCAUCCAGCCACGUGGCCAGUGCACGCAAGUUGAUUUUCCACGGCUGUUGCAAGUUGACGGACGAGGAGUUGUCUGAGCGCUACAAAUUGAAUGAAACGACUGACGAGGAGCUGGCUUCGGUGGGCCUCAAUCGACAGGAGUUCAUUGACUCCUAUCGCGUAAUGGACGAAAUCUCAAUUCUGCACGGAGAGCCGCAGCUCCUGAAAAAGAAGCCUGAAUCAGACCCCGAGGCCAAGCCAUUGAAGCACUUCUUAUUAAAAUAUAGAUUCCCAUUGCUGAACGCUUUGGUUGUGCUCCUUUCCACCGAUGAUAAACUCUUCCGCACAUUUAUGCAGCGCGACUUGCCAACUGACUAUCCGUUGCACCUGCCCACGUAUCGAGAUUAUCUGCCCGAGGAGCGUAAAAUCAAUCUUUUCAUAGGUUUUUGCAGACACCUGGACUCAUUAUACCUGGGGCCCAGGCGCUUGGAAGCUCUCAAAAAGGUGUCCACCUACAUAUUUGCCUUUCGCCAGCGUGAAUUUGCAGCACGCGCUUGCAGCAACUUUUCAUAA